AUGAGCAGCCAUCCACGCCGGAGUGCCCGACUAUCACCACGUUCUCAACAAGAGCAAUUCCAGCAAAGGAGCGGUGGUCGUUCUGCUUCCACCUUGACAAACAACUUUUCGCAGCCCUCGAGUGCCUCGACGAGUUCCCACCCGAGUCCCGUCAGUGACCAUCUACAACCUCCUCCGCCACCGCCUACUCCCCAACAGCCGCAGCAUCGUAUUCAGAUACAAUCGCACUUCAUGCCUCACCAACAGCAAGGACACCCGCAUAUUCACGCCCCGUUGCCUUCGCCUUCGGCUGCACACAUGGGCCCAUUCUUCGGCGGACACUACUCACAGCCUAAUACAUAUGCCUCCCAGCAAGUGCAUCCCGGUUAUCAGGGACAACAGCCUUUUGGGGACCAACAACCCCAGGCGCAUCAACAAGAGCAGCAGCACCAUCUACACCCGCACACAAAUUCGAUGUCUAAGGAGCAUCCUGCAUACCCACAGUCAAUGGGGUCCGGGCAAUUGCCGCCUGAUUUUCUGGCCGAGGCAGCAAAACGUGCACAAAUGGCUUGCUUAAUGCGAGACUUGGGCGAUGUCUCUCUGUGA